UGGUAGAGUAGGCCAAAUACUACCAAAAACAAACAUAAACAAAACAAGAUAAAUGCAAAUUAAAAUACUAAAAAUGAAACAAGAAAAACAUAAAACAAGAGAAGUAAAGUUUUUCGUAGAACAAAAGUUGCUCAAAAUGACCUCCUGAACACGGGAAAAAUAAAUAUUUUCGAAAAAAAAAUUUGGGCAGUAGAGGGUUAAGCGUGCAUAAUCAAAAUAAACGUUGCGCGCAAAACAUGGUUCAACGGAUGUUGUAGUAGAUUCUCAGGAUGGGCAUUAAGGAUUUGUGGAACCUGUUGACGCCGUACUGCGAAAAGAAGCCCCUGUUUGAGCUCAACAGAAAGGUGGUUGCGAUCGAUCUGUCCGGAUGGGUGUGCGAAAGUUUGAACGUCGUUGAUUAUUUCGUACAUCCCCGGUUUUAUCUGAGAAAUUUGUUCUUCCGGACAUGCUACCUACUGACCACGGGAAUUGUCCCCGUAUUUGUUCUGGAAGGGGCUGCUCCGCCGUUAAAGUACGGAGUGAUUAUUCAACGGAACCAGAUUCAGUUCCGCGGUGCUCGUCCGAAAAAGGCGGCAGAUUGUGACAAGGAGGCGACUGGUGGCGGCAAGCGGAAGCAAGACGAACCCGGCAAGCGAGCUCCGGAGCAGAAAAGGAACAGAUUUCAUCACGUGCUCAAGCAAUGCGAGGAGCUGCUCAGUUCGAUGGGGCUGGUUUGCGUGCAAGCCCCGGGAGAAGCGGAAGCGCUUUGCGCACAUUUGAAUCGCGAGAACCUGGUGCACGGAAUAAUCAGCCAAGAUUCGGACUGCUUCGCGUACGGCGGCGUUCGGGUUUACCGGAAUUUCUGCGCUUCGCAAAACGGCGGUUCGGUGGACAUUUAUGACUUGGAAAACAUUCGCAGGGUCAUGGAUUUGGGCCAGGAGAAGAUUGUGGUCAUGGGCAUUUUGUCCGGGUGUGAUUACAGUCCGGCUGGGGUUCCGGGCGUGGGUAGGGAGCUGGUCCACCGGCUGAUCCGAAGCUAUCCGAGCUGGGAGAUUUUAGACCGAAUCCGAGCGUGGAGAAAAACGGCCGAUCGGUUGACGGAGCUUGAAAUAAAGGCAGAGGACAAGAACGUGUGCGCCGAUUGUGGCCACGGUGGGAAAACGUUUGUGCAUCGACGAUCUGGUUGUGCGGAUUGCCGAACAAAGGCCGGUUGCGACGAGUCGAGGUGGAAAAAUCAACGCGCGAACAUUAAGGCGGAGCUGGACAUCAAACGGAAGGCGCUGCAAGACCCGGAGUUUCCGUCGGAGGCCAUCAUUGACGAGUUUAUGGUUCGGCCGUACGAACUUCCAACGCUGGAUCUGACCUGGAGGCAGCCGAACUUUGUUAAAUUUAUUCGCAGUAUGGCCGCUCUGCUGCAGUGGAACGAGAUCUACUGCUUCCAAAAGCUGUUGCCCCUCUUCACGAGAUGGCAAAUCGUAACAUUGAGCCACUGUCCGUCGAAAAGGCUGUCCAUCGCACUGGAACCGAGCUACAUCAAGAAGAAACGCAGCCCAAAAGGUGUGGCCAGUUACGAGAUUGUCUGGAAGGACAACGCGUCGAUCUUUGCCGGUCUCGUGCCAGAUGAACAGAUCCAGGAGUUUAUGGCGGAAGCGGGCAACUCGCUCGAGACGCUGUGGAGCACGAUCGAGCCGCAGCAGCUGGUCGAGUCCGCCUAUUCGGAACUGGUGGAAGCAUUUCUGGCUUCCAAGGCGAAACCGGCGAGAAAGAAAGCAAAAAAGACCCAGCCGGAAGGAGGUGCCAGGAAAAAGACGACCAAAGACCCGAAGCAAAAGAGGUUGGAAGAGUUCUUGAACGUGAUUAGUAGCGAUGCGACCGAGGCAGCUGAAGAGGACCCGCAGGAAAGUGGCAAGAAACUGGAAAUUCUGUACGAUUUGUCGACUUCGAUUGCCGGCUUGAAUCUCUCCGUUGCACCAGGUUCGCCGAAGCAUGAUGAGACCAUCAACAUGUCCGCCAUUCUGGACCGCUUGGCCAUGGAAACCACGUGCGAUUCAGACGGCUUCAAUCUUUCGGUCAUCGUCGAUCGCGUGUGCGAUCCAAACUACGGACGGUCACCUCCCAAAGCAAACCUCGCCGAAAGAGCUUCCCCAAUCGCACUGAAUUACGACUUCGAACUCAACGAUGACGACGACGACGAUCCAACAAUCGAGAGAAGAUUGCUUCUGAAGCAGGACGUGCUGGGGAUUACGACCGAGCCGGAGAACCAGUCCCUGUUGAACGCUUCCUUGCGUCCGCGGAAGCGCAAAAGUUUCUUCUUCGAGCCCAUCGAUGUUCCGCCGCCGGAACUGCAGGAUCUUUGCCACAACGAUAUGGACAUGUUCGAGUGCUCAACGAUGCUCAAGGACCGGAUCGUGGUUCCGCCCUCGGAGGACGCCAAUCAAACCGUGAUAUACGAUAUCGAUUUUUAAAACCGUUUAUUAAACUCUACCAUUACUUUUCCAAUCACACA